GUGGAGUGAGAUCUAGAGUGGAGAUCCAGAGUGGAGUGAGAUCUAGAGUGGAGUGAGAUCUAGAGUGGAGUGAGAUCUAGAGUGGAGUGAGAUCCAGAGUGGAGUGAGAUCUAGAGUGGAGUGAGAUCCAGAGUGGAGUGAGAUCCAGAGUGGAGUGAGAUCCAGAGUGGAGUGAGAUCCAGAGUGGAGUGAGAUCCAGAGUGGAGUGAGAUCCAGAGUGGAGUGAGAUCCAGAGUGGAGUGAGAUCCAGAGUGGAGUGAGAUCCAGAGUGGAGUGAGAUCCAGAGUGGAGUGAGAUCCAGAGUGGAGUGAGAUCCAGAGUGGAGUGAGAUCCAGAGUGGAGUGAGAUCCAGAGUGGAGUGAGAUCCAGAGUGGAGUGAGAUCCAGAGUGGAGUGAGAUCCAGAGUGGAGUGAGAUCCAGAGUGGAGUGAGAUCCAGAGUGGAGUGCAGGAGUGGAGCGACAUCUCGACUGUCUCUGGCCAGACCCAGGGGGGACGCGUUGUGGCCCUGUGCAGCAGGGCACGGGAGCGACGUCAUGUCGUCGCCGGCGCCGGCGCCGCCCGCCUUCGUGUACGAGUGCCCCGGCCACGCGGCCGACGUGCUGCGGCAGCUGGACGAGCAGCGGCGCGACGCGGCCAGCGCCGGCUCCUCCGCCGGCGGCCUGUGCGACGCCAGCGUCGCCGCGGGAGGCGGCCGCUUCCCCGCGCACUGCGCCGUCCUGGCGGCGUGCAGCGACUUCUUCCGCGCGGCGCUGGCGCUCCCGCCCGCCGCCGCCGCCGCCUCUCCCGCCGGCUCCGGCGCGACGACGACGGAGCGGCCGCCCGACGUGCGCACGUUCAACCUCCCCGCCGAGGUCACCGUCAAAGGCCUGGAGCAGAUCCUGCACUUUGCCUACACGGGGAAGCUGUACCUGAGCCAGGACAGCUACGAGGACAUCCACCGCACGGCCUCCGUGCUGCGCAUCCGCACCCUGGAGGAGGCUUGCUUCCGCUUUCUGCAGCAGAAGCUGGGGGGGAGGACUGACGGGCAGGAGCCCGGCAAGGCCCACGCCUGCGGCCCAGCCGAGCCCUUUCAAGCCUCUCGCCUCCCCUGCUUUCUUCCGGAGAAAGUUGCGAGCAGCAGUAGCAGCAGUGGUGGCAGCAACAGCAGCAGAGACGGCAAAGUUUGUAGCGGAGGCCUGAGGCACAUGGAUGACGGAGAGCCGAGCAAGGCCCAAGCCUGCGGCUUAGCCAGGCCCGCUCGGGCUGCUUUCGACCCCUGCUCUGCUCCAGGUGACGGCAGCAGCGGCGGCGGCGUUUUUAGCCGAGGCUGGAGGCGACCGGCCGAUGUCUCCCCGCAAAGCUCCGGCCCGUUUGAGCGCUGGAACGAGGGGCGCUCGAAGCGAGCGGAGACGGUCACCGCGGGCCGCUGGUCUCCGCCGGAGACGGCUCACGCCUUUGACCCCCCGCGGGGGCCUCUGCCCCUCCUCCGCUGCCCGCUGCGUGACAUGGACACCUCUUGCCGCGUCAUCGUCAGCACCAUUCGCACCGGCGGCGGCGGCGGCCGCCUUGGGAGAGAUGAUAAAGCGUCCGCAGCGGAGUUACGCAGCGACGUGGAGGUGUUCGAGGUGGAGCCCGGGGCGCGGCUCGUCACCGCCAGCAGCAACCUCCGUCGUCGCCGCGGCCCCCUCACCGAGCAGCAUGGCUGGCCCAGCAGAGGCCGAGUCGCCGCACUGGGCCAGCGACAAACGGCGCCGGGAUGUGGAUGCCGCUCCCGGCCCGCUGCUCAAACGCGGCUGGGGUUCACGCGAGUUCGGUGA